AUGAAAAUUGCAAUUGUAAGCAAUGAAAACAAAGCAACAGAAAAUGCUAUGUUCAUUGAUCAAUCUUUGUUCUUAUUGUGGCGAUUUAAAUGGGAUAAUAUUAUGCAUGUGUUUCACGAUGAUUUAAUUCCUUUAUUUUUAACCUAUUUGGACAUUUGUGGAGAAAUAAGCAGGUGUACUUCCAAGUAUACACUUGGAUUUGUUGAUCAAGGAGAAGGUGGGCCUUAUCAUGAGCUUUACUCGUUAUUUUCAAAUCAGCAACCACUACUUCUUCAUAAAUAUGCAAACACGGUUUGCUUUCCUGAAUUACAUAGUGGGGUGUUAAGCUCAAGUGUUUGGUUUCAGUAUGGUUUUGGACAAACGCAAGGACCUGUGAACACUAGUGUUCCUAUAGAAAUAUUGCGUCAGUUUAAAGAUUAUGUCGUUCAUAGGUUAGGGAUUUCUAAAAAAUUAGUAAACAAUAAUGCUGUAAUAUUUUUAAAUAGGAAACUGAAUAGAAAGAUCUUGAAUCUGGAGUAUUUCACUUCAAUUUUGUAUAAUACUGUGAAGGAGGCUUAUCCUUCCAGUGAACCCAAAAUUAUUGAAUUAGAUUUAACCACUCAUAACAUUGUUUUUUUGAUAGAAGUCUUUUUGACCAGCAAAAUUGUUGUAGGGAUGCAUGGGUCAGCAAUGAUACUGUGUUUAUUUUUAAUUCCAGGAUCUGUUGUUUUUGAACUUUUACCAUUUGGAAUUCAGCCAGAAAAUGUGUCAUUUAUUAAAGCUUUUACUGAAAUUACAGGCAGCGAGAUUGUCUAUAGAAGUUGGGUGAAUUGUAAUGAAACACUUUCCUUUGCCCAUCCAGAAGCACCUCCUCUCUUGGGUGGAAUCUAUCAUUUGCCUAAGGCGAAACAAGAAUUUAUUUUAAACACAAAGAUUGUUCCUGCAGUUGAAUGUUGUCAUGAUCCAUUGUAUUUGUUUCGAAUGUUCCAAGACACUGAAGUUGGAUCCGAUUUCAUUCCUAGAUUCCAGGAAGCAUUGCUAGCACAACAAUUAUUUUCAAAAGAAACUGUUAAAACCACUUACUUAAAUAAACUCUUUUCAUCAUGGUAUUUCCCUGCACCUGCCACAAAUGUUAGUUGUACAUUUCAACAUCAAACAUUGACUGCAAUGUGGCAACCAUCCAUAAAUGCAAUUGAUUCUCUUAUUUAUGAUAUUUCAAUUUUGUUAGACAAUAACACUAUACUUUCAAAAAUUACACCAUACCCCAACCUGAAACUAAAUCUCAGUUAUACAGCUCACACGGCUGAGAUUUGGAUUAAGGCAGUUUCUUUUGAUAGCGAGAGCCUGGACAGUCAUUCAAAAUGCCAAAGGAAGAUCUAA